AUGCCUGCUGCCCACCGCUGUCUCUCCCUGCUGCUCCUGUCUGCCUGUGCGGCUCUGCUGCUGCGGCCAUGGCUUGGGGCCCGGGCAGCCCCGCUGGAGCCAGUGUACCCCGGGGACAAUGCCACACCAGAGCAGAUGGCCCAGUAUGCAGCUGAGCUCCGCAGAUACAUCAACAUGCUGACCAGGCCCAGGUAUGGGAAAAGAGACAGAGAAGAAACACUGGACAUUCUGGAGUGGGGCUCCCCCCAUGCUGCUGGCCCCAGGGACCUCAGCCCAAUGGACUUGUGAUGCCACCUCCUGCCUUCUUUGACUCCAAGAGCAAUGCUGGCCCACCUUCCCCCUUGGCACCCUUGGCAAUGGCCAAAGCUUGCUCCCUGCCCCCACAUAGACUAAAUAAAGCAA